AUGUCUUCUGUCAUCUUGCGGCUGAGGCAUCUCCGAGCUGUAUAUGGACGAAAUUUUAGUGUUUCUGAUGAAGAGUCCAGUGAAACUGUAGGAGUGACUUUUGCCCUAAGUUCCGUUAAUCAAGAUAACAUUGGAUACUACUACGUCAGUGAUGUUGCCUGUGAUCUCAAAAAUCCAGAAUGGGAUCCCGUUGAAAUUCAUAAUCUUCCUAAACAAUACUUAUCAUCCAAAGCCGUCUUGUUUACUUUUUUUCUAUCACAUAGAGGAAGCAACUCAAUUCUGUUUGAGAUUGUAGUACAUUUUUCCGGCCUCGUUCCUACAAAUUCAGAAAUGCGUGAAAAUAUGUGUUUCUCUAACUCAACAGAUCAGGUUUACUUCCAAAUGGGAAGACAUAUUUAUUCUUUCCGCAAACACUUCGACCCAGGCAUAAUCUGUCCUAAUCUGUGGCCUAAAGGUAAAUCCCUUCCUUCCUCCAAGUUAUCUUACGACCUUACCACGCUUCAAAGGUUUUUAGCCAACAAGGAGGCUUCUAAGGUUCAGUUAGAACGUAUCAGAUACAUGCAAAAUCUUGCUGGUGGUUUGAAAUCUUCACUACAUAAUUUAUUUAGUCAAGGUGUAGCUACUGAAAGACUAGCUAUUGCAAUCGACUCUGUCAAGCAACGCACAGAAACACUCAAAUACUCAAUAUCAUUAGCACGCAAUAAACUACACGCACUGGAGAGCAGAAAAGUUUCUCUAGAACAGGAGUUCCUAAACAUAAAUGGAAAUAAAGCAGCAAUCAAUAGCCGGUUGAAAGUUUUAAAACAAUCUUUAAACGAUGGAUAUAAUGACCUCAGCAAAACACGUUACGCGCUGUUGACUCGUAUUCUUCAUUUAUUAAAUGAAGUUUAUGGUCUUUUUACCAAUGAUUUAAUAAAUCCAAUGUGCAACAUUGGUGAAGAAAUUAACUCAAACGGUAUUAUAAAUUCAGUAACAGCAAAGAAUGAUAAAUUCAUGGAUAAGUUUUCCAAUGAUUACGUUCAUAUAAAUGAGCAUUUUUCAGUUCCAUUUGAUGGCAUAGAAUUGUCUAAUGAUAAUAAUAAUAAUAAUCCAAUUCAUUAUAUAAACUAUGGAAUUGAAACAUUUACAUCGCCCACAUGCUUUGCUUAUACCAUGCAUUUGUUUACUUUGAUCACUGCAAUUCUUGACCAACCAAUAAUUUAUCCUAGAGAUUUUGUUGAAAUUUAUCCCAAGUUAAAACUGUUGGAUAUUUCCACUCGUGAUAUUUCUCAAUCAGAUCGUUGCCAAGCAAUUUGCAUACUAAAGCGUAACAUCAUGUCUUUGGGUUCAAGAUUUAAUUUAUAUCUGACGCCAGAAAAGCAUGCGUUGUAUAACUUGAAAUAUUUAUUUGAUCAUUUUCAGAACAAUUUAUUAACAAACAUAUACCAACAUGAUAUUGUCGGGUUUGUAUAG